ACUCCUCUCGAUUCUUACAGGCUUGUGGCCUGCUGAACAGUGCUGAUUGACUCCAUGGUUUUUUACGUCUUGUUGACUGCAUUCUCGUCACGACACCACCCAAACCUCCACUUUUCCAGACGGACACAACGUGGAGUAACAACUUUGCCUAAGACUUGACCGAGAUUGAUAAUCCUCGUGGCGAAUUAAUAAUCAUCUUUUUUCAUUGCCAAUCACAAUUUAAAAUUUCGCAAAGUUAUCUUCUUUCAAGAACGUAUUAAUGUGACAACUUUAUUGGAGAACGUUGUCAAGGGAUUGUGCACGUCAGUGAGUCAAGUUGUGGAGAAAUUACACCGGGUGUUGUAACCAAAUAUUUGUCGAGGAAAAUGUCGACGGGUCGCGAAUCUCGGACAACGCGUCGCUUCUACCGUGUCGACAGUCAGCACGACCUCCUGGCCUAUUUGGACCAUGGCGAAACGGCCGUGCAAGAACACCGAUGGACGCUGGAGAUUGCGUGGGAGGCUGCUAACAAAGUGGGAGGAAUCUAUACGGUCAUCAGAUCCAAGGCUUACAUGUCGACGGAGGAGAUGGGUGACCAGUACUGCCUGAUGGGUCCCUACAAGGAGCUCUAUGCCCGACAGGAAGUGGAAAUUGGGGACUUUGAAGCCAACAACCCACUUCAACUCGCUUGCAAUAAGAUGAGGGAGCUUGGUUUUAAUGUAAAAACUGGUCGCUGGUUGGUGGACGGAAACCCGCAAAUCGUGCUAUUCGACAUUGCCUCCGCGGCGUGGAAAUUGAACGAGUGGAAGCAAGAGCUGUGGGAUAAGUCCGGGAUUGGGAUUCCUCACGGAGACGUCGAGUGCAACGAUUCGGUCAUCUUUGGCUUCCUGGUGGCUCAGUACAUUGCAGAGUUUCGGCACUUGGCGGAAGACCAUUGCGAGUCGGGACGGCCACGAAUCGUGACUCACUUUCACGAGUGGCUCGCAGGCAUUGGGCUUAUCAUGUUGCGAGUGUGGAAUGUCGACGUUGCCACCGUAUUUACGACACAUGCCACACUCUUGGGCCGAUUUCUGUGUGCUGGAGCGCUCGACUUUUACAAUAAUUUGGAUAAGUUCAACAUUGAUGAAGAGGCCGGAAAACGUCAAAUUUAUCACAGAUACUGUAUGGAACGUGCGGCUUGCCACUUGUCGCACGUGUUCACAACAGUUUCUGAAAUUACGGGAUUGGAAGCGGAGCAUUUAGUAAAGCGCAAACCUGACAUCAUCACCCCGAAUGGGCUCAACGUCAAAAAGUUUUCGGCACUUCAUGAAUUCCAAAACCUGCACGCAAUUUCAAAAGAGAAAAUUAACGAAUUUGUCCGUGGUCAUUUUUACGGCCACUUUGACUUCGAUCUGGACAAGACCAUUUAUUUCUUCAUUGCUGGAAGGUACGAGUUUGGGAACAAGGGAGCUGACAUUUUCAUUGAGGCCUUAGCCCGGCUGAAUCACUACCUCAAGAGUUCAAAAUCUGACAAAACGGUCGUCGCGUUUUUAAUCUUUCCCACAAAAACGCACAACUUCAACGUGGAAAGCUUACGUGGUCAGGCCGUCACGAAGAGUUUGCGUGAAACAAUUAACGACAUCCAGUCCAACAUUGGGAAACGGAUGUAUGAUAUUUGUCUGAGCGGUCGACUCCCCGUCUCGGACGAACUCCUCUUAAAAGAAGACUUGGUAAAGAUUAAGCGUUGCAUAUUUGGCAUGCAGCGGUCCACACUGCCACCAAUCACGACCCACAACGUCGUGGAUGACUGGAAGGACCCCGUGCUCACGAGCUUGAGAAGAUGUCAACUAUUCAACUCGGUGCAGGACAGGGUCAAGGUCAUAUUCCACCCCGAGUUCCUCUCCUCGACGAACCCUCUCUUUGGUCUGGACUACGAGGAGUUUGUGCGUGGCUGUCACUUGGGCGUGUUCCCAUCCUACUACGAACCAUGGGGCUACACCCCCGCGGAGUGCACCGUCAUGGGAAUCCCUUCCAUCACCACAAAUCUCUCCGGCUUUGGUUGCUUCAUGGCGGAGCAUGUCUCGGACACCAAGUCGUACGGGAUCUACAUCGUGGACCGACGCAACAUUGGCCUCGAGGAGUCCGUCACCCAGUUGGCCAAGGACAUGUACGAGUUCUGUAAGCUGAAUCGAAGACAAAGAAUCAUUCAGCGAAACCGAACAGAGCGAUUGUCGGAUUUGUUGGACUGGAGGAAUCUGGGCGUGUACUAUCGCCAGGCUAGGAUGAAGGCUUUGAAAAUGGUCUACCCAGACUUUGACGAGGCGGAUGAGAAUGGUGUUGGGGGACGUAGCAUGAAAUAUCCGCGUCCCAUUUCCGAACCUCCGUCGCCAUCCUGGUCCCGAGCAACGACACCUGCCCCGUCGGAACAUGGGUCGAGUGAGGACGAGGUAGAUUCAGAGGCCGAGUUGGAGGAACUCAUGGGCAAAACCAAAAUAGGAUUUGGAAUCGGGAAUGGAAACGGCCGUUAAUGAAACUCAAAAGAUGUAUAUUUAGAUGGCGUCAAUAAUUAAUCAUAUCAGAGAGCCCCGUGAUAUUUUUUUCGACAAGUGUUUCGAGAAAUAUUGUUAAGCACCCCCAAAAAAUAGGAAUUGCGUUGAAUAAAAAUGCCCAUUAUGCCCCGUAAUGGGUUAGUUAGCCUA